AUGAUCCUCAACGAGAUUCUCAAAGGUGCCUCGGCAGAAGAGGGAGCUGAGAGUGUUUGCCGGCUCCUGCUUGCGAAGCAGGUCCAGGCCCAAGCUUUUUGGGUGGAUCUUUCAACGGAGCACUUGGUUUGGGAAGGCCAUCGACUAAAUAAGCUCCAUCUGCAAGAUGCUGCAAAGGGCACCGGUAGCUGUGACAAGGAAGAUUCAGAUGGUGUUGUGGUAGCACGGAAUCCAAAGAACAGAAACUUCAAGACUGAACCAAGCUGUGAGAUACGUAUUCGGUCCAAGGCUGAUGUGAAUGCCAGAGACCAGAACAACAUGACGCCCCUGAUGGGCUGCGUGGUGGGAGGUGACUUCAGUGGCAUUGUCUCGCUACUCCUGGAGGCACGUGCCGAUGCUGCGGCCGUCACCGAUGAUGGCUUCACUGCUCUGAAAUGGGCAACCCGGCCCGGGCCUCAGGCGGCUAAGGCAGUGCUUGAGGAGCAAGGGUGA